CACCAAAGCCAAUACCUCCCACUUCACAAGACGACCUUGAAGCAAAUCCAGAAUCACAAUGCCUUCUCGUGUUUCUUUCAUCUCUUGCAUUCUCCUCCUCUCUUCCACAGGAAGCGUCUUUGCCGCCCCGGCUCCAACCAAGACAACCAAUGUCCUUCCGACCACUCUCGAACUUGCUCGCAGAUCUGAAACCACAUACUGCUACACACCUGACCCGCCUAACCCCGGAGGCGCCGUGGCACCGAUCUGCACCGUCAUAGAGUACUGCGCGGACGCGAGGGCUGCGGGCUUGUGUACAGCGCUCGGAGUGCUGGGCUGCGGAAAUACAGGAGGAGACCAGAGCUGCCAGCAAAAUGCUGGCGACAGCUGCAUCGAACAGUACUGCUGAGUGGAAGGGGUGGUCUGCGGGUUCUUAGAAAGGUUGCGAAGUAAAUGGAUGAACUCUGGUGGGGAGAGGCGUUGGUGUAUUCGGGG